CGCACAUGCUUGGACAUCCUGCCGGGGUGAUUUUCGGGGAAACGGGGCAUCAGCAGGGAGACCCCCGGCCGUGCUGGGCGACUGGCUGCAGGGAGGUCCUUCGAACUUAAGACAACUUUCUGGAACUGCAAAAACGGUCGGUUCUAGCUGCACGUGGGAAUUUGGAGUCACUCUGAGAUACAUCCUGGAAUAAUUGCGUGUGACUGGAACCAAAUCUUACGAAGUCUCCAAGCAUGCCGGUCCCCCCCGGGCCCCCGCGCUGGCUGCUGCUGCUGCUGCUGCUGGCCUCCGCGCUGCUGCUGAGCUGGGAGCUGGCCUCCGCCUCGAACCCGCGCCCUCGGGGUCAUGCAGGCCACCGCCAGGUCCAGCAGGGCAGGUGCGAGGUGGUCGCCGUGCACAGGUGCUGCAACAGGAACCGCAUCGAGGAGCGGUCGCAGACGGUCAAGUGCUCCUGCUUCCCGGGACAGGUGGCCGGCACGACGCGGGCCCAGCCUUCCUGCGUGGAAGCUUCCAUAGUGAUUCAGAAGUGGUGGUGCCACAUGAACCCUUGUUUGAGGGAGAUAAUCUAA